CGCCCGGCAGUGGGGCCCGCCUCGGCCCGCCCCCGGCCCUCCCCGCCCGGCCUCCCCAGCGCCCCUGUCAGAUUGUGGCGGCGGGCCGCGCGGUGCGCUAGUUCCUUGCAGCCUGGGCGAGGAGACUUGCGCGCGGGCACACCCCCACGUCCCUUAGGCGCCGCUGCCUCCGCUCCACUGGCCUCCGCUCCGCCCAGCCUUCUGCCGCACGCCCGUAGCGACAUGGCACACGCGGCGGUACGCUGCCCCAGUGCUCGGGGCUCCGGGGACGGCGAGAUGGGCAAGCCCAGGAAGGUGGCGCUCAUCACUGGCAUCACGGGCCAGGAUGGUUCAUACUUGGCUGAGUUCCUGCUGGAGAAAGGCUACGAGGUCCAUGGAAUUGUGCGGCGAUCCAGUUCAUUCAAUACAGGUCGAAUUGAACAUCUGUAUAAGAACCCCCAGGCUCAUAUUGAAGGAAACAUGAAGUUGCACUAUGGUGAUCUCACUGACAGUACCUGCCUUGUGAAGAUCAUUAAUGAAGUAAAGCCUACGGAGAUCUACAACCUUGGAGCCCAGAGCCAUGUUAAAAUUUCUUUUGACUUGGCUGAAUAUACUGCAGAUGUUGAUGGAGUUGGCACUUUGCGGCUUCUGGAUGCAGUUAAGACCUGUGGCCUUAUCAACUCUGUGAAGUUCUACCAAGCCUCAACUAGUGAACUUUAUGGGAAAGUGCAAGAAAUACCCCAGAAGGAGACAACUCCUUUUUAUCCUCGGUCACCAUAUGGGGCAGCAAAACUCUAUGCCUAUUGGAUUGUGGUGAACUUCCGUGAGGCAUAUAAUCUCUUUGCGGUGAAUGGCAUUCUCUUCAAUCACGAGAGUCCUAGAAGAGGAGCUAAUUUUGUUACUAGAAAAAUUAGCCGGUCAGUGGCUAAGAUUUACCUUGGACAACUGGAAUGUUUCAGCCUGGGAAAUCUGGAUGCCAAGCGAGAUUGGGGCCAUGCCAAGGACUAUGUAGAGGCUAUGUGGCUGAUGUUGCAGAAUGAUGAGCCAGAGGAUUUUGUCAUAGCUACUGGGGAAGUCCAUAGCGUUCGGGAAUUUGUAGAGAAAUCAUUUUUGCACAUUGGAAAAACCAUUGUGUGGGAAGGAAAGAAUGAAAAUGAAGUGGGCAGAUGUAAAGAGACCGGAAAAAUUCAUGUGACUGUGGAUCUCAAAUACUACCGACCAACUGAAGUGCCUCUGAAUUCUUCCAUGAGAAUCCUCCAGAAGUGUUGGACCCCAGUGCUGUACGAGGCACAAUUGAAGAGAGAAGCCCAGUUUCCAGGCCCAUGCUGGCAUGACACUCACUACCCACAGAGCUCAUCUUAUACUUUGAAAAAGGACUUUCUGCAAGGAGAUUGCACCAAAGCGAAACAGAAGCUGAGCUGGAAACCCCGGGUCGCUUUUGAUGAGCUGGUGAGGGAGAUGGUGGACGCCGACGUGGAGCUCAUGAGAAACAACCCCAACGCGUGAGCGCGACCGCGGAGCCCCGAGCCGCCCCUGCCGGCCUACGGUCCCUGCUUGGAAUCGGCGGGUGCGGGGCCGCAGGUGUGAUCUGGGAGGGGCGGGAGAAUCCGGCCCGUUCCGUGCGACCCUCCUUGCCACUGCGCCUUAUUCCCGCCGUUAGGAUGUGGGACGGCUGAGGUUUGUAGCAGCCGGGACGUGGCACUCCGGGGUUCGGCCCAAUUUCCAUUUGUCGAGGCCUCUUCUGAAGGGUUUUGUGAAAUCAACAAGAUGUUUUAAUCACAAGUUCACUAUACUUGAAAUUAUGUCAUUAGACAACUGAAAUUGUGGGGCUUUCAAAUUGUUUUUCUCUUUUAUUAAAAAUGUCCUUUCUAUGAACUAGCA